AUGCUGCGAGGAACCUUCCAGCGCGCCGGGGCGUGGCUGAGGGGGCUGCGCCGCGGGCCCCGGGGCCCCGCCGAGAGCGCCCGGAGGGGCGUCGUCUCCUGCAUCGACCCUUCCAUGGGACUAAAUGAAGAGCAGAAAGAGUUCCAGAAAGUGGCCUUCAACUUUGCUGCCCGCGAGAUGGCACCGCACAUGGCAGAGUGGGACCAGAAGGAGCUGUUCCCUGUGGACAUGAUGCGGAAGGCAGCGCAGCUGGGCUUUGGGGGGGUGUACAUUCAGACAGACGUUGGAGGGGCGGGCCUCUCGCGGCUGGACGCCUCCGUCAUCUUUGAAGCCUUGGCCACGGGCUGCACCAGCACCACGGCCUACAUGAGCAUCCACAACAUGUGCGUCUGGAUGAUCGACCGCUUCGGGAGUGAGGAGCAGCGGCAGCGGCUGUGCCCGCCGCUCUGCGCCAUGGAGAUGUUCGCCUCAUACUGCCUCACCGAGCCAGGGAGUGGGAGCGAUGCCGCCUCCCUCGUGACCUCUGCUGUGCGACAACAGGAUCAUUACAUCCUCAAUGGCUCCAAGGCCUUCAUCAGUGGUGGCGGUGAAGCUGACAUAUACGUAGUCAUGUGCCGCACAGGAGGGCCGGGCCCCAGAGGCAUCUCUUGUGUAGUGGUGGAGAAGGGGACCCCUGGCCUCAGCUUCGGCAAGAAGGAGAAAAAGGUGGGGUGGAACUCACAGCCGACCCGAGCGGUGAUCUUUGAAGACUGUGCCGUCCCGGUGGCCAACAGGAUCGGGGACGAGGGCCAGGGCUUCCUCAUCGCCAUGAAGGGUCUGAAUGGAGGGAGGAUCAAUGUCGCCUCCUGCUCCCUGGGAGCCGCUCACGCCUCACUCGUCCUCGCUCGAGACUACCUCAAGGUCCGGGAGCAGUUUGGACAGCCUCUGGCCAAUAACCAGUACCUGCAGUUCCAGCUGGCCGAGAUGGCGGCCCGGCUGGUGGCCUCCCGGCUGAUGAUCCGCACCGCGGCCAUGGCUCUGCAGGAGGAGCGGGAGGACGCGGUGGUCCUGUGCUCCAUGGCCAAACUCUUCGCCACAGACGAAUGCUUUGCGAUCUGCAACCAGGCCCUGCAGAUGCACGGCGGCUAUGGCUACCUGAAAGACUACGCCAUCCAGCAGUACGUGCGGGACUCCCGGGUCCAUCAGAUCCUUGAAGGCAGCAACGAAGUGAUGCGGAUGCUGAUCUCGAGGAGCCUGCUACAGGAGUAG